AUGUCAGUAACUGUUAGCUCCAAACUGGUUGAGCUAGACAAUUUGAUCCCCAGAGUUGUGGACCGUGAAUGCGAAGUUUUUGAGCAUUCAGAUAUUGUAGAUGAGGAGCGCCUAGUGAGUGGCCCUGAAGAAGAUUGCAAAUUUCACCAAUUCUUGUAUAAUUUAUUUUCCUACCGAUAUGAGCUACAAGAGAGCGCCAUUGAUACUACAGAGAUCUCGAAUAUCUUCGUACCGAGCCAAGCAAUCACCUUGCCCACUAAGAGUUGGCGCAUAUCUGGAAGAGAGCCAUCUAAAUAUCUUAUACGUGACCAGUGCAUAAUAUCCAGCUUGCUAAUGGGGGCUAUCUGUUGCAAUCUCAAUAAUGUCAAAGAGCAGCAUCUCAAAAUUGGCUUUACCACACGCGGACGCGAAUUAAGAUAUACGAUUGGCGGUAAACGAUAUGCCGCCAGACCAGAGGGCGCCGCUGUUGUUGGACCAAGAGCUGAAUAUCUACCAAUAAUCUCUUUUACUGGGUGGUUUCCAGGGCAGACUUGGAGUGAACUUCUGAUAGAAACCUUCAGUGCCAUGUUAGGACAGCUCACUAAAAAUCUUAGUAUCCUGGAUACCGGUUUCCAAGACCAGGAAGUUUUUAUACUUGGUUUCCAUGGUCCGUAUAUCCAUAUUGCUCGUGGGUUCUUUACGAAAGAUCUCAUCUCCAGAGUAUAUGCCCAAGGACAUUUCGAUCAAGAGCCUAUUAAUCUACAGUUUACACGCAGUUAUGACUUAUUCCUCAAGGAAGAUUGGCUUGAAGCGACACGUGUACUGACCAGGUUGAUACGAUAUCUGCUCAGCGGAACGGCGAGAGUUGGAGCUGUACAGAAAUAUUCGAAGUAA